UUUACGAAAACGAAAAGUGGCCAAUUUAGUAUAUUAUGUGUGGCCAGUGCCGGAACAAAGAAUCUCCGUUGGCGUCGGCGUCGGCGUCGGCGUCGGCGUCGGCGUCGGCGAGGCGUAUUCCUCGGCAACGUAACGCUCGUCGCGUAGCUGUGUACCUACAAGUGAACGCAUGAUAGCGGCAGAGUCGAUUCUCGCAGUGCUUUAAAUACUCAUUGAGCUAAACGGAAAUAAGGAUAGGACAAGUAGAUUAGAAAAAAAGAACGAAAGUGAAUGGAAACAACGAUGAAUGUUACGAUAGCAAUAUUUCAUUCUCCUUAAGGAUUGGUGCUUAGUACGGUGACAUCGUGUAUGUACAUAGAUAAGAGAGUCUCCAAAAUCAUUUGUAUUCAGUUUCGUUCAGUCAAAAACCACCCAGCUGACUGAUACACGCAGUGUAGAAUUUCUUAAAUCGAACCGUCUCUUCUCUCCACUCUUUCGAACAAAUCAACAACUUUGCGGUGAGUGUAGAAAACUAUGACGGUAGCUAAAACUAAUGGAACAACGGCAAUGACAACAACAACCAACACUUGUAUCGAUCAUGAGAAGAAACAACAAAGUAAUGCGUUACUAUUAUACAAAGAAGAGGAAAAAGAAAAGGAUGAAAUUACGCUAGAAGACUUGGCUCCUGACGGUGGUUGGGGAUGGAUGGUGGUGUUGGCUAUGAUAUUAGUAUUCAUUACAACAUUUGGACCAACCGCAUCGUUUGCAAUUAUUUUCGGUGAUUUUCUUGAAGCAACUGGUCAAGCUGGUACAGCAAUGACGCUAUUUAAUUCCGUUUUCAUGGUUACAUUUUCGAUUGCUGGUUUGAUGACCAACAUUUUAUUGAAGAGAUACGCGAUGAGGCCUGUAGGAAUUUUCGGUGCGUUGAUGUUUGCAUUGCCGAACGUGGCUUUAGCAUUCGUUAACAACGUGUACGAAAUGGCAUUUUUAAAUUUCCUCCAAGGCUUGGGACUCGGUCUGAUCAUUACCAUUUGCAAUACGAACUUCAACGCUUACUUCGUAAAGAGAAGAGCGCCGAUAAUGAGCGUAGCCCAAGUAAUUAUCGGUUUAGGUGGAAUCGCGUAUCCUGUCUGCAUAGAAAGAUUGAUGAGAGCCUAUGGUUUCCGAGGCACUGCAUUGAUGACGGGCGCGAUGAGCUUAAACUGUAUCGUCGGUAUGACGAUGAUGCAUCCAGUUGAAUGGCACUUGAAGAAACCGGAACAAGUACGCGCGGAACGGGCACGUCAAAGAGAAGAGCGGAAAUUGUGCGGAAUAGCAGCGUUGAGUCGUCGUUCCAGCGAGGUUACUCAUGUUCCAACGAAAACUAGAUGGAGCAGUUUAACGAGUCUCAAGGAUGAAAGAGGGAAGCAUUUGCCGCUUUUAGUUGAAACGUUGAAAGAACCUGCGCAAAGGGUAGCUUCGAUAUCGGAGCUCGAGGGGAAAAUUUGCAGUCGAAUGAAAUCUGGAUCGAUGCGUGAACUUUUAACGAGACGCAUGUCGGCCCUCUCGGCCUCGAGUUUGGCAAAUUUAGUGACAAGUAUCGGAGCCGUAACAGACAUUGCACAUUACGAGAAAACUAAAGAGAAACGAUUGGAGAAAGGAGUUCAGGUGUCUAUGAAGGAUGUAGACGAUACCGACAAGAGUCAAGUAAAGUACGUAAAUAAAACAUUGCAUGUAAAAAGUACAAGUGUAUCGAUGAUAAUGUAUUUUAAACGACGCAGAAAAAUCUUCGCAGAGCUUUUGGAAAUGUCACUGUUAAAAAACUGCGGUUUCAUGAACAUUUGUCUUGGCGUCAGUUUUGUCCUGUCGAGCGACUUUACGUUCUCCGGUCUGUUGCCAUUGAUGAUGGCCAACCACGGACACACCAAAACCCAAGCAGCCCUGGCGAUUACUAUCAGCGCCGCUGCAGAAUUAGCAUCAAAGAUUUUGAUUGCUAUCUUCACGUUGGUAGUAAAAAUCAAAGCGAAAUACAUCUUCUUCUGCGCCAUGAUUUGCAUGGCGUUUGCAAAAGCGGGUUACUUAAUUUACAGUGACACCUUGACAGGGACAUUUGUCAUGAUAGCGAUUAUAGGAAUGGUUAGGUCAUGGUUAUUAGUUCCUCAACCAUUGGUCAUCAUAGAAGAUGUCAGUAUCGAUAAAUUCGCUUCAGCGUAUGGAAUUGCUGGCGCUAGUAGCGGCGUGAUUUCCAUAGUAUUUGGUCCAAUCGUUGGACUGAUGAAGGACUGGACCAACAGUUUUGUCAUCUGCCAGCUUGCCCUUAUACUAAUGAACGUCCUGUUUGUUAUUCCGUGGGCAGUACAGUUCCUUUCAGUAAAUUUACCAAAGAGGAGGAAGGAACGGGCGGAUAAAAUUGCUGCCGAAACUUCCGGUGCCCUUUCUGCCGAUUCAUGCUAACGAAGAGAGAAAGAAGAACAUCUUUGUACAUACAUAAAGUGCCUAAAGAAUAUUUGAAAGUAGUUUUUUCUUUUUUUUUCUUUUUUU